UCUUUUCUUGCUUAAGUUUCCUCCGAAUUUAAGCUUUGUACCAUCUGUCUCGACGUCCCUUUUAAAUUAAACUAUUUACUUUGUGUUUUCCGUAGCCCUUCCCUUCUCGACGUCUUGUAAACAGUGAAUACCUCGUCGUCUACGGGGAAACAGCUCAAUCACGUCGUAAUUUAUGCAGAUAACGAUUAGCUGCAAGCUGCAGCAUGUCAGCAAACAAUGACCCUCCACCACUUGUCAAUCCUCCCCCUCCUGAGGUGACCAACUCUAAAACACCAGGUCGAAGGACCAACCAGCUGAAGUUCAUGCAGAAUGUCGUGCUCAAAUCCCUGUGGCGGCACCACUUCGCCUGGCCUUUUCACAAACCAGUUGACGCAGUUGCUCUUAAACUACCAGAUUAUCACACGAUUAUAAAAUCUCCCAUGGACCUGGGAACCAUCAAGAAACGCCUUGAGAACAACUACUACUGGAGUGCAAGUGAAUGCAUGCAAGACCUCAACAUCAUGUUCACCAACUGCUACAUCUAUAACAAGCCGACAGAUGACAUAGUUCUGAUGGCCCUCGCCUUGGAAAAGGUCUUUUUGCAGAAAGUUGCCUUGAUGCCCCAGCGGGAGGUGGAGAUUUUUCCUCAUGCAGCCAAGGAGAAAGGCAAAAAACGUAGGCCUCCAGAUAAACAGGGCGACACUGUGCCCACACAUUCUUCACCUUCUACUCAACCGUUCCUCAGCAACACAACCGGACCACAGCAGUCCAUGACAAAAAAAGGAGGAGUGAAAAGGAAAAGGAGUGCCUCAGAUUCCUCCUCAGCAGCAGUAACUGAUGUGAGUGAUUUGUCAGAAAGCAAGAGGAAACAUCAGAGGGACUUAAAAGUAAAGGAGCUACCACAAGAAGGCAUACAGCUUAAGUACUGCAAUGUUAUCCUGAAAGAGCUGCUGUCAAGGAGACACCAAGCCUACGCCUGGCCUUUCUACUCACCUGUCGACGCUGAAGCUCUGGAACUAAGCGAUUACCAACAGAUCAUCAAAUACCCCAUGGAUCUCAGAACUAUUCAAAAAAAGAUGAAUAGAGGAGAAUACGAGGAUGCACAAAGCUUCGCAGCUGACGUAAGGUUAAUCUUUUCCAACUGCUACAAAUACAACCCUCCAGACAAUGUGGUCGUUGUCAUGGCCAGAAAACUUCAGGCUGUGUUUGAGAACAGGUUUGCAAAGCUGCCAGAUGAGCCAGUAGCGUUGGGAUCACCGGUGAAGGCCACGGGUUUUAGCAGUAUAGAUGUCAACAGCUCCACCAACUUGGACAAAUCUUACACAGAAGAAGAGCAGACCACCAGAAUUGCUCAGUUGCAAGAACAACUCAAAGCAGCUAAUGAACAGCUAGCAGCACUGACAGAAGUCCCCGGGAUCAAACAAAAGAGGGGCAAAGAAAAGGACAAGAAAGAGGAAUGCCGACAGAACAAAAGAAAUCCAAAAAGAUCCAGGCAGGUGUGGAAGAGUACUACAGACUGGGAUACAGAUGAUGAAACUAUGGCACUCACAUAUGAAGAGAAGCACCAGCUGAGCCUAGACAUUAACCGUUUACCUGGCAUGAAGCUUGGCCGUGUGGUCCAGAUCAUUCAAACACUUGAGCCUUCAAUGUGUGACUCCAACCCAGAAGAGUUUGAGAUAGACUUUGAGACGCUGAAGACGGCCACUCUGCGCGAGCUGCAGCAGUAUGUGAAGGCUUGUCUCCUUAAGAGGUUUAAGAAAUUCAAAAAGAAAAGCAGAGCAGUGUCUCACAGCACCGGCUGCAGAAGUUCUUCAAGUUCAAACAGCAGCAGCCCCAGUGACUCCACUUCAGAAGACCAUGACUUGUGAGAUAAUUAACAUAUUUAUUUUAUUGUUUGUUACUUAAAAAAUAUAUUCAACACUUUAUUUUUUUAUUUGUUCCUUUUUUAUGUGAAGGAUUAAACUUCUGUUAAGCUG